GCAAGCAGGUAUUUCAAUGUUAUUGGGUGGCUUUGGAGCAGUUUAGGUCCCUAUAAAAGCGAUCCAUUCAGAAAAAUUUGUGAAUUUUAACGUGACUUGGUGUAUGUGACUCCCCACAUACUGUGUCUGGAUAUAGUACGGAUGCGUAGAGGGUUCUUUCCUGUUUGUAAAAAGAUGAAGGCAUUAAUAGAAUUUUUUCCUUAUUUAUCAGCUUAACGGUGUCAAGUUGAUAUUGUCACAGACGUGAUUUUUAUUUCGUAUUGGAGGAUCAUAUUUUUUAUCUGAUCAUCAUGUAAAUUCUGCUAAUUCUAAUUAUAAUCAAGCAAACCAAUUAAAGAUUUUAUAUUAGACUGGGAAUUCUAGUGUAGACGUUACUCUUUUGAAGGCAUUGGAACAAUUUUAUAUUCAGAACUCUACAAAGACACUCCACUUUUAAAGGCCUUGGAACAAUUUUCAGACAGAUAAAAAGAUCGACCUUCAAAGCAAAUAUGUCCUCAGACUUCAAGAUGAACAACAAUACAUUUGACCCAUUCCAGAUAUUUGAGGUGACUCACGAUCCAUGUGCCGUACUUUAUGUCUGUGUAAAAUGUGGAAACAAUAUCACAAAGGGGUACAUUGGGGAUAUGUUGGAUACCCCUGAUCCUUAUGUGGUGCUCAUGGUGCAAGGUGCCCCAAACUGUUACCAAAGAACAUGUACACUAGACAACAAUAUCAGCCCGGAGUGGAAUGAAACAUUUAAGUUUUAUUUAAACCCUAAAAUACCCACAGAAGUUGAGGUAACAUUGAUGGACGCUAACUAUACCUAUGAUGAAAUGCUAGGACAGCCACAAAAGAUCAAACUAGAUGUUCUACCGUAUUCUACAGAAACACACACUCUUAAAUUUAAUGAGAGCUCAGAAGUUAUAAUUGAAAUGUGGACACACCAUGGAUGUGAGCCCCAGCUUAGAUUUAGUUUAACACUGUGCAGUGAAGAAAGGGCAUUUGUAGAAAGGAGGAGAAAGAAAGUUUUUGAAGCAAUGAAGAAAAUCUUGGGUGAUGAUGCACCAACAACAGAAAAAGAUGUUCCUAACAUAGGUGUGAUAGGGUCUGGUGGGGGGUUCCGGGCCAUGACGGCCUACAGUGGGGUGUUUACGGCCCUGGUGGACAGCCACAUACUGGACAUGUGUACCUACGCAGGGGGACUAUCGGGAUCAGCAUGGUAUCUGUCCCAGUUAUACUCUCACCCAGACUGGCCCAAGAAGACCCCGGGGGAGCUCCAGGAGGAGUUAGGGAGGAACAUAGAACACAGCCCUUUCUGGCUGCUAAAACCCCAGAGUCUGUAUACCUACGUCUCCAGAAUCGUACAGAAACGACGACAGGGUCAACCAGUCAGUUUUACCGACUUCUUCGGAUGCUUAGUGGGCGACACAAUACUCAAAAACAGACUGGAUUCUAAGUUGACAGAUCAGCAGGACAUCUUAAAGAAAGCAGAUGUACCUCUACCAUUGUAUACCUGCCUUCAUGUUAAAAAGAAUGUGUCAGCCGAAGUCUUUCAUGAGUGGAUGGAGUUUACUCCCUAUGAGAUUGGCCUGCCUAAGUAUGGAACCUUUAUGAAGAGUCAGCUGUUUGGGAGCAAGUUCUUUAUGGGGCAGUUAGUCAAACAGUACGAGGAGCCUCCACUACAUUUCCUCAUGGGUGUGUGGGGGAGUGCCUUUUGUAUACAGAUCUCCAGGUUGUUGAGGGACGACAAAAAAGUAACGUGUGAACAAGACAUAUCAGAGGACACAGAGCAGGAGAGGAAGGAAAUGGAAAAAGAGUUGCUGCAGGACCUGUCCACACAGUCCGAUGAGGACAGUGACUCGAGUGAAUCGGACAGCGAGGAUCCAGAAUCUCAGAAAAACCACAAAACCAAACCAAAGAAAGCCCUGAAAAUCAGCAAAAAGAAGACCACCACUACACCCUCCUUCUGGAAGGACAUGUUUAAAAACCUGUACCAGAGCAGCCGCCUGCUGAAAUCCAUCGAGGGCCGAGCAGCCAAGGUCCACAGCUUUAUGAGGGGGUUGUCUAUGUCCACUUGCUACCCUUUCUCACCGUUUGCAGAGCCCACCAGCAGUCCUUCGUUUGAUGAACUUGAUGCAUCAUUUAGUGGUGCAAAUCCAUUUUCCAAGAUCUUUGAGUUGUGCCCCACCACAAUAAAGAAGCUGUACGUUGUUGAUGGGGGUUUGACCUUUAACUCCCCCUACUCCCUGGUCCUGAGACCCCAGAGGGAGGUUGACUUGAUUCUAUCAUUCGAUUUCAGUGCCAGGCCUAGUGACACAGCUCUGCCAUUUAAGGAAAUCAUGUUAGCUCAGCAGUGGGCCAAUCUGAACAAAGUGCCAUUUCCCAAGAUAGAUCCUAAGAUUGUGGACGUGGAGGGGAGGAAGGAAUGUUAUGUGUUUGAGGACCCCAAAGAUCCCAAGUGUCCCGUGGUCCUACACUUCGUGUUGGCCAACAUCAAAUUCAGAGAGGAGAUUAAGCCAGGUGUUCCCAGAACUACAGAUGAGGAGAAGGAAUUCGCCGAUUUUGACAUUUUCGAUGAUCCUCAGCAGCCAUACUCCACAUUUAAUUUCAAAUACCCCAGAAAAUCCUUUGACAGAUUAACUAAAUUAACAGAAUACAACACCCUAUUGUUCAGGGACCUCAUUGUAGAGAAAAUCAAGUGUUGUAUUCAGAGACGACAGAAGCAUUAUAACGACAUCAAGUGUCCGAUUAAACUCGGAGACCUCAAAAAGUUACCUGUGUCAAGACAAAACUCACUGAGUAUGAAGAGCUACCUCGAGUCUUUUGAGGAGGAAUAGAUACACCGUAGUAGAAGUUAGAAGUUUUCAAAUGAGUGAACAGAUAGUGUUUAAAUAGUGAUUUGUAUGUGAAUUUUCAUAUGAGUAAGAGAUGUUUUUCAUUCACCAUUCUUAUUUAUUGAUCAUGUGUUUUGUAAUUUUUGCAUCAAAAGCUUGACUGUGACAUGUUUGAAUUUUAUUCCAAGAUGAAUGUUUGUGUGAAUUGAGUUUUUCCCCCCUUUCUCCAAUUUUGAUUUUAUGAGAAAAACUUUAGUACAUGUAUAUACAAACUGAUUUUACUGAGCAUAAUUUUAAAUGUUUUAACCUGCAAAAAGUAUUCUUAACUUGAAUAGUGAGAUUUUACUGAUUAUUUUGGAUGAUGUCAGAGAUUUUUAUAUCAGCAAAUAAUAUUAUAUAGUCAAAAUAUUACAGGUAUUAUUAAUUUUUUUACUUGCGUUUAAGCUUUUUUUAUAUUUCCUUGCAAAGAUGUUGAGGCAGAAUUACCAAGUACAUGUGGACCGUAUACAUCAAACGUAAAGGUACAUGUAUAUGGCGAGUAUGAAUGAUAAUCUAGUGCCAUAUUUGUACAUGUAUUUCAUAACUGUAUUCAUCUUGGUCAUAUUACAAUAAUCAUUUAGUUAUUGAACA